ACGAAACUCAUUCACAAAUUUCAUGCUUAAUUGCAAUCAUUCCACGCUCCUGCCAAUACUGUUCACUUUCCUCGCCGGGUUGCUCAGCACCCCUGUUCAUAUACAACCCCGUUUUACCUUGCAUCUUAUCAUUCCUCUUAUCAAAGCGGCAGUCUUUACAAUGUCUAUGCGUUCCGCUCUGAUCGUAUUCAGUCCCAUCCUGGCGGCGCUGGCCACUGCACGUAAUAUUCUCCCCUCGCCAGCCGAUAACCCUAUCUCCUAUGUACUCGGUCAACACGAAUAUGAUGUUGGCGGCAUUCUUCCGAGACUGGUGAAUCGAGCAGCCGAAGGUCGAUGUGGCCCAAACUUCGGCAAGUGCCCUACUGGCCACUGCUGCUCAACCGCCGGCUACUGUGGUAACACGCAGAACCAUUGCCGCUCCCCCGACUGUCAGAUCGAUUACGGUCAUUGUGAUGCUCAUCAGAGCCCCGGGGGAGCCCCAACAGAUGCCGUUCCUCGACACCAGCUUGGCCAUGUGGCGUAUGGUCCGCACGCUGUUCGUUCUUGCUCUGUCCCGGGAACUGUUGCGUUGACCUAUGACGACGGUCCGGGCCCAUACACCAACGAUCUUCUGGAUCUGCUUGACAAGUACGACGCGAAGGCAACUUUCUUUAUCACCGGCAACAACAACGGCAAAGGGGAGAUCGAUGCGCCAGGAAAGCCAUGGGUGGAAAUGAUCCAGCGCAUGCGUUUGAAGGGACACCAGAUUGCCAGCCACACUUGGUCUCAUCAGGAUCUUAGCAAGAUCUCCAAAGAUCAACGUCGUGUUCAGUUGCUGUGGAAUGAAGUUGCUCUACGCAACAUCCUGGGUGGUUUUCCCACUUACAUGCGUCCUCCAUAUUCAAGCUGUACCCCCGAGUCUGGCUGUCUGAAAGACAUGGGCUCGUUGGGGUAUCAUGUCGUCCUGUAUGAUAUCGAUACGGAAGACUAUCGCUACGAUAACCCGGCUAUGAUUCAGCGGUCGAAGGAUAUCUUCGACAAGAACCUCGACCGAGGAAAACCAUCGGACACGUCGUGGCUCGUUAUCGCUCAUGAUGUCCAUGAACAGACCGUACACAACCUCACGGAGCACAUGAUCAAGAAGCUUCGGUCAAACGGGUAUCGUCCAGUGACCGUUGGCGAGUGCCUCGGUGACCCUGCAGAUUUUUGGUAUCGCACUGACGACAACUUCGACAACAAUCUGCUCCUGCGAAUGUCCUCCGAAGUCACAGAGGGAAAGAUCGUAUCGCAGGACGGCGUGUGUGGCAACGGCAUCACCUGCACCGGGUCCACCUUUGGCCCUUGCUGCAGCAAGACCAACCGCUGCGGCAAUUAUACCUCGCAUUGCGGAGAGGGCUGCCAGCCUGAUUCUGGCAAGUGCAAUGGCGUUUCUGGGUCUGUGCCUGGAUCCGAUUCUCGAACACACGGUCAUCAUGUACUUUCUGACAUGGGAAAAUCUGCUUUGAAAUCAGAGGCUUCGUCAUGGCCUCGAAAGGACCCUUAUGGAGUAGGGCUGAUUCUGUUGUCAGGAGCACUUGCGUUGUUGAUAUGAAUGCUUGUUUCAUGCCCUUUGCCAUACUAUCAUCCCUUACUGUAUUCUCUACCGCUGGUAGGGAUUGUCCAAAUGGCCAUCAGCUGUAUAUUUGUUUGUUCAGUGUUUGUUUUGUAUACUCGUGGUGUUGAUU